UUCAAUUCAGUUUUAACCCUCAGUUUUAAUGCACUUAUGGUCCACUUAUACUUUCGUUAAAAAAAACAACGAACACUGAAGUCUACGAACUGGUCAAAACCGGACACACACACACACACACACACACACACAAUCCUAUUCUUUUCUACACAGUGGCAGGAAGUCGUCCAGAUUUCCGCUGUGCUUCUGAAACAGAACGAUAGAGCAGGGAGGGUGGGUGUUGAUGGUGGUGGGGGUAAUGUUGGGGGUGUAGACGUGAUGUAGACAUAACUGCUGAAACUGUUCAGGGCACUUCCAUAAAGGAGCUAUAGGAGAGAGCAGACCUACAGGCUGAAAACCUACACACUGUGGUCUGGAGGAAAAAGGUCCAGCACACCUCAGAAGAUCAGCCGGGGUCAGCGGGUCACUCAGAGGAUUCCUGUGGGUCACACUGUAGAGAGGAGAUGGUCCUGAUGGUGACUCUGAUCUUCAUCCUGUUCACCACAGCAGGUCAAGCCUCUCCCAGUGACCCGUGGAGCAGCUGCCCGGUGGAUAAGAUGUGUAAGAACAAGUUUGCAGACGGAGAGUGUGAUAAGGAGUGCUCUGGAUCUCAGUGCCUGAGAGACGGCUUCGACUGUCUGAAAGAUAAAAUGUCCUGCAAUUUAGGCUACCUUCUUUACUGUCGUGACCAUUACGACAACACCCACUGUGAGAACAGCUGCAAUACUGCCUCCUGUGGGUGGGAUGGCUCAGACUGCUAUAAGAACCACCGCACCAACUGGGCCAAAGGGGCGUUGGUCCUGCAGACCAGCAUCCCCUUCCAGAAGGGACCCUUCCAGAACAGCUCUUUACUGUGGGCUCUCAGCAUCCUGCUCCAGACCAGCGUGAAGCUCAGGGGGAUGGUGCCCUUCCAGCCCAACGGUGACCUGUCCAGUCUGGACGCUCAGCAGCUGGUAGAGCUGCACAGACAAGCACCUGCUUAUGAGAGCAACAGGUCUCUAUUGUUUCUUCAAGUGGACAACCGGCCGUGUACUCGCCUGCCCUUCACCUGCUUCCCGUACGCCAUAGAGGCGGCGGACUUCCUGAAUGCUGUGGUGCAGCUAGGCCGAGCCCCAGCCCACGUCAAACCCGAAAUCCAAACUCUCAUCAGCAUCCGGGGCAUCGAGAAGGAGAUCACAGUAAAAGAGACUGCAGCUGAGGAGCUAGGUGUGAAUGAUAAUGGCUCUCCCGCCUGGCUGUGGCCUGUGGUUGGCGUAGCGACAGGUGUAGUCGUGGCUCUGGCAGUGGUUGGCAUGGUGCUGGUGUGGUUGAGAAGGAGGAGAAGAAGAAGAGAGGGAGGAGAGAGAGUUCGUCACCGGUCCACCGCCACGGAAAACAACAACGGCAGUAAAGCCUGGAGCCAGCGUUCAGCCGACCAGCACCAGGGCAGGGGCCGGUCAGGCAGAGAGAAGGACAGGAACGGCAUGAAGAAGAAGAAGAAAGGGAAGGAGCUGGGGAAGAAGAGGAGGGAGCCGCUGGGAGAGGACGCCAUACGGAUGCGGCCACUUAGGAAGGACCUGGACAUCGGCAGUGACACGGACGUGACCCAGAGCUCCAUGGAGGACAUCAACAGAACGAUCUGUGACCACAGGUCUCCAGUGCAGAAACACUACGGCAUCAAUCACCAGCAGCAAUCUCCCGUACCAGUACCCCCAAGACGGUGGGACAGGAACACCCCGCCCACUCAACAGCGAAUCCCCAGCAACCCAGCUCCAGUGCAGUGGUGUGGUCCCGAUGGCUCUGUGGUGCUGAUCCGUGCCGUGAGGAGUGGACUGGACCGGGUGGUGCUGGAGCUUCUGAGGGCUGGCGUGCCAGUCAACAACACUGACCACACCGGGAGGUCUGCCCUGCACUGGGCAUGCUCAGUAAAUCACCUCUCAUUGGCUCGGACGCUGAUUCGCUACGGUGCCCUGGUGGAUCUACAGGAUCACAAGGGCGAGACAGCUCUCUUCCUCUCCGCCCUUCACGGUUGCUACGAGACUGCCAGAUUCCUCCUCCUAAACGGGGCCAAUCAGGAGCUGACUGACCGCAGAGGAAGAAGGCCUAUGGAUGUGGCCCGAGAGGGGAUGCAUCACCAGGUUCUUGAGCUCCUAUUGGCCCACAGAAUCCACCGCAGUCCGUUUCCAAUGGACCCAGCCACUGAGGUGCUGUGGGAUGACCGUGCCUACCUGUAUUCUUCAUGGGUGGCAACAUCUCCCUGUCUUCCUGGAAGAAGUGCCUCCUUUUCUGGGGUUAUAGCACCCCGAGACAUGUCUUCACCUCCACCCAGCGACUGGCAAAUGGUCAGAGGGCAGUGCGCCUCACCCCAAAACUGGCGGCCCCCAGCCAACCAAUCAGCCACUGCUCUGGUCAGUCCCAGAAUCCUCGGCCGCCCUUCGAGGCCAAUCAGCACACUUCAGGAGGUCACUUCAGAAGCAGAGGAAGAAGAGAGAGAAGCAGCUCAGGAAGUCCCGCGGCCCAUAACACCUCACUUCCUGUCUCCCCAGCCGGCACCCAGGCAGCGCUCCUUCUCCUGCACCCAGCCCGCCCUGCAGCGCCGGUUCAGCGGAAACCAGCCCGAGCUGUGUGCCCCUGCCCUACCAGAGAAACAAGCCAAAGAACACGUGGAGAUAGUGGUCGUGCCCCAUCCUAAACCAAACAUCAGCCAAGCAGAGGGUAAAACACCGGGGACAGGGGCCAGCCCUGCUCAGGCAGACCCGGAGAAAGACUACAGGAGGAGCGGUGAACCAAAAAACCCAACUGAGACGAUCAGUAAUGACCCCACAUCAAUCCAGACUGUGAUGUGAAAGAUAUACAGGCACAUAUGGUCUGAUUCCAGAAAAAGGACUGUUUUAUGCAUUAAAAUGUUAAUAAAUACUGUAUGUUGCCACUCUUUUUGUAAAAAUGCUGUAAAUCAUUUUUGCUUGCUUGCUUCCUUUUACCAAAUGGUAAAAUCACCAA